AUGGAUAAAUCAUUAGAAGCUGAUCACACUCUCCUUACUACCUUGUCCAUUUCCAACCUCAAAAUCUGGCAUAGACAACUUGGCCAUGUCAAUUACCAGACAGUUGCAAAAAUAAUCCAAUCUCAUUCACUCCAAGGUAUGCCCAUCAACCUCUCUAAGCUGCCACUGGAAUAUGACUCCUACAUCCUGAGUAAACAGACAAGAAUGUCAAUUCCAAAGACUCAACAGAAAGCAUAUAGAGCACAACAGAAGCUGGAGAUUGUUUGGGUGGACUUGAUUGGAUCUCAAGCAGUGGUGUUGAAGACAGAAACCCAAUAUAUGAUGGACAUUGUAGAUGACUACUCAAAUCAUGUGUGUUCAAUUUUCUUGCAAAAUAAAGACAAUUCUUUUUCAGAACUCUAG